UUCCUGCCAGGAGCGAAGAUGGCGGCGGGGGCCGGGGAAGCUCAGUGUUGUCGGAGGGCGGUGAAGCCAUUUCCGCCACGGAGGCCUCGCCAGCAGUAAAAAUGGCGGAAUCUGUGCUGGAAGUUGUGGGGAAGCUGCAGUCGCGACUCUCGGGCAGUUCGGAACCCAAGAAGCUGCUGAAAAGCCUGAAGAGACUUUCUGAGUUGCCUAUCACGGUUGACAUCCUUGUGGAGACUGGUGUUGGGAAGACUGUGAAUGGUUUACGGAAACAUGAACUGGUGGGAGACUUUGCCAAGAACUUAGUAGCCAGAUGGAAGAAGCUGGUGCCAGUCCCUCAAGAAGUAGAGCGAAAUAAUAUUGAUUCAGAAGAACGUGACUAUGAGAGAAGCAGUUCUAGGAAACGGCAGCGAGAGCCUUCCCCAAAAGAGGACGAGGAAGCUGAGCAGGACUAUUCGGAAGCAUUCCAGCCUUCCUGCAGCCAAUCAUGUGAGCCAAACUACAGAGAGAAGAAGGCCAAAAGGUAUUCAGAGCCUGACAGAGCCCAUGAGGCAAUCGGCUAUGGCAGCCAGGAGGACAAGGGCUGGGGCAGAGCUUCCCCAGUGCACUCCUCAGAUCAGGAAUACUCAGACUAUGGGCACGCUUUGUCACCUGAGCUGAGGGAGAGCCCUCAGGAACUGUACAUGGAUCACUCUGCCUCUGAGGAACAAGAGGUGGAGCAGACAAUGUUUCAUCAGAAAGCUAAUAAAGGCCACAGCUUUCAGGACAAGCUGGUGGGAAGCCAUGAAAGGAAUCCCAGCGAAUCCCAAGACAAAGGAAACCUGACUCGGAGCAAAGAGCACAAGUCCUCUCACAAGGAGAAGCAGAGACUGGACAGCAAGGGGGACGUGAGGACCUCUGCCUUUAGCCCAGAAAGACUGCACAAGUCCUCUUUCAAGGAGCAGGUCCGAGAGGCUCCAGGUGGCAGCAAGGAGAAGCUCAGGACUUUAGACGGCACCAAGAGAGAGAAGAACAGAGAAAGUGGGGGCUCCAGGAAAGAAAAGUCACAACCUCACUUGGAGGAGGCUGUUGACAACCAUAAGAAGCAAAAACAUCGGGACUCUGAGAAAGCCAAACUGGAAAAGUCCAGGCUAAGCCUGGAGAUAUCCAACGUGGAUCGGGAGAAACGGAAGUUAGAGGGUAACUCCUCAAACAGGAGCAAAGAGAAAGGGCUUUCUAGCAGCUUAAAGACUACUGAGGGCAAAUCCAAAGCCUCUGACUCAGACAAAAAAUCUGUGGGUUUCUCACCGAGUUUUGGGGAGGUGGAAGUGGAGGAUGAAUAUGAGCAGCCUAAAAUGUCUUUUGAGUCAUACCUCAGCUAUGACCAGCCCCAGAAAAAGAAGAAAAAAGUGGUUAAAUCCCCUGCUCCUCCAGCCCCUGAGAGAAACAGAGGGCAUGGCAAGCAAAAUGGGUCUAAAGCCAGCACCAAGAGCUCCGACUCGAGCCGAAAGAAUACAAGUCACAAGCAGACAGGCGAGAAAAGGGCAGAGAAGAAGCAAUCUGGGACAUCCAAACCAAAAAAGAUCCCCAUUGAUGUGAUGCCAACGUUACCAGAUAUCCCUUUGCCUGCAAUUCAGGCCAAUUAUCGUCCACUUCCCUCUCUUGAGUUGAUUACGUUCUCCCAGACAAAGAGAAAAACAGUGUCCUCGCCCAUUGAGGAGGGUGAGGCUGGCUUUACAGGACGCAGGCUGAAUUCCAAGAUGCAAGUGUAUUCGGGCUCUAAAUCUGCCUACCUCCCCAAGAUGAUGUCUCUAUAUGAGCAGUGCAUCAGAGUCCUCAACAACAAUAUUGACUCAAUCUAUGAAGUCGGUGGAGUUCCUUUUUCGGUGUUGGAGCCGGUAUUGGAGAGAUGCACCCCUGAUCAACUGUAUCGCAUUGAGGAAUGUAAUCACGUUUUAAUUGAGGACACGGAUCAGCUGUGGCACAAUCACUGCAUCCGGGACUUCAAGAAGGAGAAGCCAGAAGAGUUUGAGUCCUGGAGGGAGAUGUACCUUCGGCUCCACGAUGCCCGAGAACAGCGGCUGCUCAUGUUAACACAGAACAUCCGCUCAGCUCAUGCCAACAAACCCAAAGGCAGAGUGGCCAAGAUGGCAUUUGUCAAUUCAGCAGCAAAGCCCCCUCGGGAUGUGCGGAGGAGACAAGAGAAAUUUGGAACUGGAGGAGCUGAUGUACCAGAGAAGAUCAAGAUAAAACCAGUCCUGUUCACACCUGGUAGAAGUUAUGCCCAGUCUGAGGAGGAGCAGUCCUAUGAUGGGCCCAGCACCAGCAGUGCCCAUUCUGGUCCAUCCCCAGGCAGCACCAGCUCUGGCUAUGACCCCAGGAAACCACCAGUUAAGAAAAUUGCACCCAUGAUGGCAAAGACUAUCAAAGCAUUCAAAAACAGGUUCUCUCGAAGAUAAGCUGCCCAGGAGAGAGAUGGGAAUUCCUCUCUUAUGGGGGAGCGGCAUUGAAGGUGGAGGGGAAGGAAGGCACCCAAGGAGCUCCGAGUCCUUUCCUCAACAUGCUUCACGGAAGCUGCCGCAGCUGUGAGAGGCUUAAAAAACCUGUACAAGGAUGACAGCACAGUAUUUUUCAAGCCAGCCCUCCAGUCCCUUUCUCUACCUCCCCUGCCUUGCCUCCAAUUUCUAUCAAAAACACCAUGUUCAGAAUUAUAAAAGCUUCAGAAAAUGUGAAGUCUUGGUAUCUGCUGAGAAGGGAAGGUCCAGAGACUGAUGUUGCUAUUUAACCUCUUAAUAAAUUUACAAAGUGGUUUUAAUUUAAUAGUUCCCCCAGAUAUUAUUUGUCACCUGCCCACCCCCAUCCCACUCCUGGUAGAAGGACCCUGCCUCUUUCCCGAUUACUUGAGUUGGAGCCCCUUCCCUCCAUGCGGACGCCGUUACAAUGGGAGCCUCUUCCUUGAUUUCAUGCCCACUACAUGUCAGCUCCUAUCUGGGACAGGUAAUGCUGGAGGCUAAUCUGCUCACCAGUCCUUCAACAGGCUGGGGUCAGGUCUGAGGCAUCACUCUCCAGUUGUGUACGUUCAUGAAUCUCAGCUCUCAACCUCUCUGAUCUCCUUGUACAGAUGCUUAAAACUGUUGUGUGGGAAUUCUGAGAACUGCUGAGGUCCCUUCUCCUGCUGUUGUUCUCUUCUUCUUCAGCUUAUUGGAAAGACACAAGAAUUCUUUGGGAGAAAUAUCACUGUGCCGAAAUUGAAAUUUUAAUCGCUCUUCUGGGUUUUAGAUCGGUCUCGGACUCUGGAAGCCAAAACAAUUUUAACGAAAACAAUUAAGGAAUUGGUUUUAUUUCUUUUAGCAGAAGGAAGCAGCUUUAUCUAGUUUCCCAAGCAUCACACAGCAUUGGAAAGGAUUUUCUGAGUCUAAAAGCUGGCACUUAAAUCGUGCCUUUUCCCCUGUAAAUUACUGCUGGAAAAAGCAAAAGCUUUAGUGUGUUUUAUUUUUAUUUUUUUAAAAUAAAACCACUUCAUGGGGAAAGUGAAUCAUGUCUUAUGUUGGUGCAAACUCUACAAUACAAAUUCAAAACCCAUGGUGAUUGCACCCGAUGUCUGAGGGAAAAAUCCCAGCUGUGGAAGGGAGGGGUGAGGCUUUAUCUUUUGAGUGAGCAGCCUCUGUUGAGAUUGGUUGAAAAGUAACUAGGGGACUUUGGAGCAAAACUCCAUCAUGAAGGUGGUCAUGGGUAAGGAUGCUGGGACUGUGAUUUCAGUUAAAUGAGCAGAAUUUCACUAUGGCUGCAGCUGCUUCUGCCACAGUUUCAAGUGAGUGACACUACUAGGAAGUCACUGUAGGUUAUAAAAUCCUUCUUAUGGCCGCCAGUUCAGCACAAGCACUGAAUCUCUCUCAACAGAUGUGAAAGCAAGUUUACCUGGAGCACUGCUGGCAGAGGUUGGACUGGGUUAGAGCUGGUGGUGCUCUGAGGGAACCUGUCUUGCUGUUGAUGGAUCAAGCCUAUCUGAUGGGCUCUGAAACUGGAUCUGGAAAUGGAAACUGUCCAGGUCUAAGACCCAUUUGAAGUGCUCGUAAAUGCAACUGCUGUCUCUGACUCUGGAGGACAUUCUGCUCUCCUUGUAGGAAAGGAGGCAGGGCUGGUUGCUGCUCUUGGUGGUAGCUGCUCAACAGCAUGACCAUCUUUUCUUGACUGGAAAACCCUGAACAAGUGGACUUAGCUGUGUAUGCUGGCCUGAGGGAACUUUGCUGUGAAGUGUAUACCACAGAGGACAUGGGGGCGGAGGGGGACCCUUUAUGCUUUGGGUUCUGUCUAUUUAGGCAUUUGAACAUCAUGGAAGCCCCAAUUUUUAAUUUUGAAGAUCUUGGAAGAGUUUUCUCAGAAUCUCGUGUGCCGUAAAUUUGUUAAAGUCCCAGAUGCUUUAAUCUUGUUACUGUGCAGCAUUUCAGUGUGUAUUGUGCUGUAAAAUAAUGCCUUUUUCCUCUUGCAUUUUGCUGUAUUUAAUUUGCUGUAUUUUUAAUUAGGUAACAAUAUAUAAUCUUCUGCCAACUGUUGUGCUACCAUUUAUUUCUGUUUUUUACUUGGGGUGUGGGGAAAAGGGAAGACUUGUCUGUGUCUGGGCCACGGUGGUGCCACGUUUAAAGAACCUUGGGUAAAUCUGAGAAUUCUCUCGGGCACCAUUAAAUUGCUACCUAGCAUUAUUACAGUUAGAUAUCCAUGUCUGGACUGUGGGUACUACUUUUAGCUGUGCAGUGGGUAUAUCGUCCCAUUAAAACCAGUUCUCUCUUUGCAGACUCUGCCACCUGUCAGUAUUUUAGCCUAGUUUGAUGGAUUUGUGGGGAAAGAAACAAUACAAAUAUUGUUGCCUCUAAUCCCAUAUUUCAAUCCACUUUCUCAAUGAGGAACAGAUCCUUCUUCACAUGAGACCAACACUCAUCUUGCCCCUGCAAGGUACUCUUUCUUUUUUUCAGUCAGACACUAAAUCUCCCAGGCUGAAAGAAUUGGAAUGCUUUUUGCUGAGGGGGAGGAAUUAUUUUAGUAAGACACGAACUAAGCCAACUGUAGAGUAAAAUUGCUUGCUCAGUUUCCAAUCUCUUCCAGCAUUCAACAUGUUAAACUUGUGCAAUUUUCUGUGCUAUUCUGUGUGCAAAGAAACCAUCCAGGACCCAACACCUCCUUUCUCCACCUCUCCCACACCUCCCUUGAGUGCUUUGCCUGGGUGGGAUGAGUGACGUGGGCAGGAGGGAGAGUUACGCUGAUUUGCAUUUGUACUUUGAUCCCCAACUGUGUAUAUACAAUUUUCUAUGUUACUUUUUUGUGGUAACUAUGGAGAUUAAUAUUUUAAUUAGAUAAGUUAUAUGAAAAGAAGAAAAUCAUGUCUCAAUAAAAGCCAAAACACUGGACAGUGUCUGUCUAUU